GAUUUAUUUUCCAAGAUACACGUUAAUCACAUGCCACGUGGACCCUCAUUAUCUUUUAAUUUAUGGUUUUAAAAAAUUCCGCACGAUGAUAAAUUACGACAUUUACAGGUAGGCGCGCGGAGACAUAUUGUUAUCAUCGCCGUCGUCAAGAUGCCGCCGGCCGGAGAACUCCAACAAUCAUCUCCGUCAAAAGAUACUCAAUCCGACGAAGCAUCAGCAGUCGCUGCUGCGGCAGCGAUUGCCGCAGCUGCGGCGGAUGCGGAAGCUGCGGGAUUAUGGACACAGAUCAAGGCGGAGGCUCGCCGUGACGCUGAGGCGGAGCCGGCGUUAGCUAGCUACCUUUACUCGACGAUUCUUUCUCACUCGUCGCUCGAGCGAUCGAUCUCGUUUCAUUUGGGGAACAAGCUGUGCUCGUCGACGCUUCUCUCAACGCUGCUUUAUGAUCUGUUUUUGAACACGUUCACCUCUGAUCCUUCUCUUCGUAACGCCACCGUGGCGGAUCUGCGUGCUGCUCGUGUUCGUGAUCCGGCUUGUAUCUCCUUUUCUCAUUGUCUUCUCAAUUACAAAGGGUUCUUAGCUAUUCAGGCACAUCGUAUCUCGCACAAGCUAUGGACUCAAACACGGAAGCCACUAGCCUUAGCACUUCACUCACGUAUCUCCGAGGUCUUCGCCGUCGAUAUCCACCCAGCAGCCAAGAUCGGUAAAGGAAUACUUCUCGAUCACGCAACCGGAGUUGUCAUAGGAGAAACAGCUGUCAUAGGAAACAACGUUUCGAUCCUCCACCACGUGACGCUCGGUGGAACAGGCAAAGCUUGUGGAGACAGACAUCCCAAGAUCGGUGACGGUUGUUUGAUCGGAGCUGGAGCGACUAUUCUUGGCAACGUCAAGAUCGGAGCAGGAGCUAAAGUGGGCGCUGGGUCUGUUGUUCUGAUCGACAUCCCUCCACGAGCUACGGCGGUUGGGAAUCCGGCGAGACUCGUCGGAGGGAAAGAGAAACCGACGAUACAUGAUGAGGAGUGUCCUGGAGAAUCGAUGGAUCACACUUCGUUUAUCUCGGAGUGGUCAGACUACAUUAUUUGAAGUUAUUACUGAGCUUUUGUUGUGUUGUGUGAAUCAAGCUUGUCGUGAUUUGUGUGAGAUACACGUGAUGAACUCUGUCUUUACUGAGAGAUUUGUAGACUAUUGGAAUGCUCAGUGCUAAAUAAGCAUCUUUUCAACAAAUUCAUCAAGUACUCACCAUGAAGAUACUAAAUAAUUUUGAAAGAUGGCUUAAAUUGUUGCUGAUUGGAAAGUACAUAUGUUUAGUUCUUCUCUUUCUGCAAACUAUUUACUAAUA